GGUUCCGCUUCCUGCGCUGCCUGCUCCGGAGCUCCGACCCCACCCCGCCGCCCCGCCCCGGCUCCCCGAGGCCCAGCAGCCUGGCCCCGGGGCGAUCCCGCCCCUCUCGGCCGAGGCCUAGGCGCCUCCUCCCGCACCCCCCACCCCCGCGCUCUCCGUGCUGUUGGUGCGGUCCAUGGCGAGCGCAUCAUGGCGAUCGAAGGUGGAGAGAGAACCUGUGGAGUACAUGAACUUAUCUGUAUUAGAAAAGACAUGUCUGCUCCUGGCAGCACCAGUCUACUUCAGAGAAGAUGAUGAGCAUUGAAGAAACUCCAUAUGGAGUUUACUUUCAUUGUGGCAAAAAUUAGCCACUGGGCAAGAAAUUGCCCUUGCCUCAACUGCUGACAGUAUGCUGUCCAAAAUGGACAAUCAGGACACGAAACAAAGACAAGUCUCUCCAGAGGCAGUUGGAUUUUUGUCAGCGGUUGGGGUGUUUAUUGUCUUGAUGCUGCUCCUUUUUCUCUAUAUUAAUAAGAAGUUCUGUUUUGAAAAUGUUGGAGGGUUUCCAGAUCUUGGUUCAGGAUACAACACACAGAAGAAUUCACAAGAUAAAAUGUGAACAAGGAACUGGAAAAUGGCAUUUUUCAAAAGUUUUCAGCAGAAUCUACCUUCAGUGUCCUCCCUGGUAGACACAAUCAGUAGUGCUGUAGAAGAUUUGAGCACUGCAGUUGGGGAAGUCAGCUAUGCAUUAACUGACUCAGUUGCUGGGCAGGUAGCAAGUAUGAUGCAUGGCUUGUGCCCAGAGGAGGAAAGUUGCACAGCAGAAGAGGCUGCAGGGUCUUCUAGAGCCAACAGUGCUUGUCAGAAAACACAGUCUGAUAUAGAGCACAAAGCAAAGCAAAUAACCUGUUGUGACACUUCAGCUCCACCAAAGCAAGACCAAGAAACGCAUGAACAGGGAUAUUAUAUGCGUGAUGGGCAGUGGACACCCUCAGAAUACACAGAAACUGGAGAGGCUGGUAGCUCUGCUUUGCAAGGCUUCAUGAAUGAUGGGAUGUCAGCUGUCAAGCAGAAAGUGGGGGAUGCACCCACGGGUCAUGAACUGGAACAUCCUGACAAAGGUGAGAUAGCUGGAGUAGGAAGCUCCAGGAAUGAUCAGAAUGCUUUAAAGGAGGUAAGUUAUCUAGAAGUGAAAGGACGUCUGAACCCCAGUGGACAAAAUGUUGUGGCUGAGCAGAAGUACGUGGCUACAGGUGACUCUAAAGGCAGACUGCAGCAUGUGCCUGUGGGAAGAGAGCAAGAAAAAUCAGGGAACGUCACUAAAAGUAAACAUCUUCCUAAUGUCGAGCAUUCUGAUCACUUACAAAAAGCGAAAAAACAUAGUAAACGUGAUGGAGUCAAAGGGAAUGAAUGUUCAGGAAACGAAUGUUCUCCAGAAGAUAACACAAGAAACCAUAGACACAAGGCGCAGAAAUCCAUUGUGAAGGAAUACACACGUUCAGCUCCAUCAACAAAUUAUAAAAUUAAGUUUCCUGGGAAAAUCAGAGAAAAAAUAAAUCCAACAAAAUCCUACAAAGUGAAAGGAGACAUAAAAACAAAGAAAAAUGAAGCUAAUUCUGCUAAGAGAGGAACAGCCAAGAGUAAAGUUGGCAAAUAUUCUAAGAUAUUACCAGAAAAAGAUAAUUCCUACAUGGACAGAGAUGAGCCUGGUUCAUCCUCUGAAAGUGAAGAUGAAGCGCUGGGUAAAUAUCAUGAGGCCUUAUCCAGAACACACACUUCCAGGUGGCCAUUGGUGGAUUCUAGACAAAAGAACUAUGCCUGGGAAACAAGGCAAAAAUACAGCCCUUUGUCUGCAGAGUAUGAUGGGUACAGCAGUGAAGCAUCCAUAGAGGACGGAAACUGCAUUCAGAGAAUGAGAAGGACACCUCCAUUGGAUGAGCUGCAGCCACCACCUUACCAAGACGAUAGUGGUUCUCCUCACCUCUCAUGCACACCCUCUGAAAUCGGGGAUGGGAAGUGUGAAAUUUCCCACUGCAGCAACAGCCCACGGUGUUCUUUCAACAAGUGCCCCAGUGAAGGAAGCACAGGACACGAGGCAGAGAGUUUUCACAAUAAAGGAUAUGAAGAUGAUGUCCCUAGUGACAGCACCGCAGUCCUCAGCCCUGAAGACAUGUCAGCUCAAGGAUCCUCCUCACAGCUUCCUAAACCUUUUGAUCCAGAGCCAGAAGCUAAAUAUGGCACACUGGAUGUGACUUUUGACUAUGACUCACAAAGACAGAAGCUUCUGGUAACGGUGACAGCUGUCACAGACAUUCCAACAUAUAACAGGACAGGUGGCAACUCGUGGCAGGUACAUCUUGUUCUUCUACCUAUAAAGAAACAGAGAGCCAAAACCAGCAUCCAGAGAGGACCAUGCCCUGUCUUCACAGAAACAUUCAAAUUUAACCACGUUGAAUCGGAGAUGAUCGGAAACUAUGCAGUUAGGUUUAGACUGUAUGGUGUCCAUCGUAUGAAGAAAGAAAAGAUUGUGGGGGAAAAGAUUUUUUAUUUAACAAAAUUGAAUCUUCAAGGGAAAAUGUCAUUACCGGUGAUACUGGAACCUUCUUACAAUCCUUCUGGCUGUGACUCACAGGUGAGCUUGUCAGAGGUCUCCUGUGGUGAAAGCACAUCCUCCUGUCAAUCUCUGGAGCAUGGCUCCGUUCCAGAGAUCCUUAUUGGACUCCUUUACAACGCCACCACUGGAAGACUGUCUGCAGAAGUCAUCAAAGGCAGCCACUUCAAAAACCUGGCAGCAAACAGACCACCCAAUGGACUGUUCUGUUGUCUAAAACACUUGAUAGGUGGACAGGUUUAUAUAAUCCGAGAUACAUAUGUUAAGUUAACACUGCUGAAUUCCAUGGGCCAAGAGAUGUCCAAAUGCAAGACAUCCACCCGCAGAGGGCAGCCAAACCCGGUGUACAAGGAAACUUUUGUUUUUCAAGUGGCCUUGUUUCAACUUUCCGAUGUGACUCUGAUACUGUCUGUGUAUAACAAGCGCAGCAUGAAAAGAAAGGAGAUGAUAGGCUGGAUUUCCUUAGGUCUGAACAGCUCUGGGGAGGAGGAGCUCCGACACUGGACUGCAAUGAAGGAGUCCAAGGGACAACAAGUGUGCAGGUGGCAUGCCCUGCUGGAGUCCUGAGGAAGGCAGCUGUAAGCCAGUACUGCUGUUGUUUCCUGGUCGCCAUCAGAAGAGCCAUCCCUGGAGAGUCCUGUCAGCAUCCUGCCACAGUGCUUCACCCUUGCAAAAGGAAGGACCGUCCAGUGCUGAGCUGAGGGGGGGAGGUAUCAGUAGUGCUCAGCAGUCCUCCAGAGACUGAACAACAGCUUUUGAUUCAAAGUUUAUUUAGUGAAAGAGCUAGGAAUCUCAUGGAGAUUGUGAUUUUAAAACCAGAAAUUCCAUUGCAGCAGUAUGUAUCAUCACCCACAUGCUAUCCACAAAGCAUUAUGAUGGCCAGUCCUUGGGCAGAUCUCAGUGAUCACAGUCAUAUCUCAAGGUCAUUCACACUGAUGACAGUUUCAUUGCAGAUGUGUUCUCUGUGCCUCAGCCUUUCUCUAUAGUUCUAAACCCAAGUGCAAAAUUCUCUGAAGGGAAGUGUAAGGCUGGUUUCUUUGAAGUUUAUUUCUUUAUUUCCUUCUUUUUUCUGAUCCAAAGAGACCAUGUCCCGUUGGUCCCUUAUAAACUUUUCUGACUGUACUGCAGAAACUUUAUGUUCAAGCCCUUUGUACACUAUGUGUUCUAGUGUAGAAAAUGGUAGAGCAAAGCUCUCGUUUGGAAUUGCUUUCAGUGGUCAGUCUUUACAGCUGUGUGAAGUGGCAGACACUGUAGAUAGCUGUUGAAAAUGGAAGACAUUCUAGUUAAAAGGAAUUUUGACUAUCUGUUCCAAGUGUCCAGUCUUCAACAGGAGUAAAGCAGGUAGCACCAAAACAGAAGCUCCUGGAGUCCUCACUCACUACCAUUUCUUUGUGGUUCUCAGCUUUAAUCCAGUUAAGAUCAUUCUGGAAUCCCUUGUGCUCUAGUGAUUUGUGUUGUGUUUUGUGACGUCUUCAUCGUGAUGUCACUCUGUGCCUUUUCAUGCAAGUUGACCUUGCUUACGCAGCUGGGAAGCCGUAUUUGCAAAUUUGGACUUCAGCACUCAUAGAUGUGAAGGUCCUUGGCAAUACCAUGUCGUUACCCCACUCUGCAGCGUGUGAGGCUGUGCACUGUGCUGGCCUACAUGUGACUGAGCAUUUUCCUGUCUUGUUUUCAUAUUUAGAAACCAUAGGCCAAUUGGAUAUAAUUAUAAGCUAUUUUCUUCUAAUUUUUCUUCUUACCUAACAUAAAAUUCUAUGCAUAUACUGUACUAGAGUAUGUUUGUGUACAUAAAAUUAUUUUCUUUUUGCUCUUUCUCAUUUCUAGUUAAACUAGACAAAAAUGUAUUAUUUACCAAUUAGUGAAAAGCUGUAUCAUGGUUCCAAUCCCAGCUGAGCACUCUGGACUGUUACUGUGAACUAGAACUCAUCAGUACCAUACUAGCAGAGCCACAUACUGAUUUAUUAAAAUGUGGCAGUAUGAAAGGCCUUAAAAACACACACACACACACACACACACACACACACACACACACACACACACGACCGUGAACUUCUACAUUUUUAGCUUAAAAGAAGGCACCUCUAUGCUUUCAAACACAGCAUUUUAAGAGGAAAAAAAUACAAAUAGGAAAUGUGGAGUUAGUUUAAAAGCAGAAAUUUCAGAGCCCAGCAUGGUGGCUCAUCUCUAUAAUCCUAGCACUUGGGAGGCUGAGGCAGAAGGAUUGCUGUGAGUUUGAGGCUAGCCUGGGCUAUGUAGUUCCAGACCAUCCUGGACUACAGAGUGAAAAAAAAAGUUGCAUUCAAAAGAAAGUGUCAGGGCUGGGGAGUUGGCUCAGCCAAUUAAAGGCUAGGUUCACAACCAAAAAUUUAAAAAAAAAAAGUCCUUCUAUCAUUCUAUUAGUGAGCUUCCCAGGAUUGGUUUUUGGUUUAGUUGUUGUUGUUGUUUUAAAUAAAGUGAGUCAGGUUAGAAAUUAAACCAUGAACAAGAAGCAAAAUAGUUCUUUUUUUAAGUUAUUGAAUGAAGAACAUAGUAAGGCAAAAUGUGAAGAAGGCUAUAGAUUACACUGAAGAUUGGGUACAGGCAUUCCAUGCUACAGGGAGCUUUUGCUGGCUUUGAAACAAUCACCUGCAUGGCUAACAACUGCUGUCUUCCUAAUAAAGUCACUGGUCUUCUUUGUAACAAAGUUCAGUUGGACACUAUAAAACCAGCUUGGUGCUUUCACUGUGUGGAGAGGAAAACCUGUUGUUUGUUAAACCUCCUUUCUGGAGACUGCCCAGAACUGUGUGUACCCCCAAAGAUCCUCAGGGGUGUCUGGUGUAAGUGUCACUCCAUGUAUGGCCUGGAAAUGAUUUCAGUCUUUUUUUAACAUCAGGAACAGCCCUCCCUCCAUCCCUUUUUCCAAGUCCUCAAUGAUUAUAAAUUGUGUGUGUGCACAUAACUACAUACACAACAUAACAUGCUGUGUACAUGCAAAGGUGAAGGUGCCUUGCCUUUUCACAUAACUGAAUAGAAAGGCAUUUCUCCAGGUCAUGGAUUGCUUUUUUCUCCUUUGUAAAAUUUCUGAAUGUGAUAUUAGGUUUGGAGCUAGAUGCUGCCAUUCUGCCACAUAUACACAAAUAUGCAUCCUUUUCUCUCCUGUGACUUAACACAAAUACUUCCCAAAUUAUCUGGGCCACAGAUGUUGACUUGGGAACUUGAAAAUGACAGUCUACACUCUUACUGUUUGGCUAAAAUCAAAUGAAAUGUCCAGACUCAACAGUUGACUGGAAUAUGGGGUAUUCUCAGCCUCCCCAAUGUGGCUGUUGAUUGCUGUCCAGGAGUACAGUAUUGUUUGAUCUCUCAGAAGCUUCUGUAAUUUUGGAGCCUAAGUACCAGCUGCCUUUGAUUUGAAAUACGAUUGCAUAUUAUCUCAUUGCACAUUGGUGAAUUCUCAGUAGUGUUGUGUUCACUAACAAAAGUAAUUCAUUAGACCAUGUUUUAAGAAAAAGAAAAAAUACUUAAACUGUCUGGAUGACUAUGCUGCUGCUGUGAAGUUGGGUGUUGGUGUGGGGGGGUGUCUGAUCUGAUCUGUGCAAAACACAGCUCUGUGUGUUACAUUACUGGUUCCUCCCUGAGUUGGGAGCAUGACCAGUGCUUGAGAAUCUGACUUGCAUCAAUAGGCAAGCAGAAACAGAGUCCAGGCUGUUCUUGACAAUGAGGAAUACAAAUGAUAUCACAGCUUUUUGAGGAAACUAAGAAAUAGGUGAGCUUUUGAAGUAUAAGUGGUAGAAGGCCAGUGGUCACCAACCGGUUUCUCAAAAUCCUUGUUCAAGUAUCAAUAGACAGGACACAAAGUUCAUUUGCAGAAAGCUGCCAUUUAGCUCCAUAGACUGGAGAAUUCAUAGAAAAAAAUGGCAUUGCUAGUUGUUAUAAGUUUCUUUGUCUUACUUUCUUUAUAAUCCAUUUCUUCCUCUUCAUCUGUCAGUUGAAAGUGGCCAUCUGUGUCAUUGUCACCAGCCAGUCUGAUACUGAAAGAAGGUGAGGCAUGCAGUAAAGCACUUAAAACAUCACUUGUGCCCUCCAAAGCUGCAAUACUGAUGAUGGUUACGGCUACCACUUAGUAAGGAACUGAGACAAUAAUGUAUUGUUUUAUUUGACUGUCACAACUUGUAAGAGGCAAGUAACAUCACCAGUGGUUUUUUUUUUUUUUUUUUUUUUGUUUUUGUUUUUGGUUUUUCGAGACAGGAUUUCUCUGUGUAGCUUUGCGCCUUUUCCUGGAACUCACUUGGUAGCCCAGGCUGGCCUCGAACUCACAGAGAUCCGCCUGGCUCUGCCUCCCGAGUGCUGGGAUUAAAGGCGUGCGCCACCACCGCCCGGCUCACCAGUGUUUUUAUCUGUGAAGAAGCUAUUGUCUGGAGAAGCCGAGCUGUCCCCCUAAGGGUGCCCCUCUUUUAAGUAAACCACAGUAGAACUGGGAUCACUCCAAGCCCACUCAUGCACAUUGCAUCUUCACCCUCUUUAUCAUGGGUGAAAAGAGCAGCAUUGUACUGGGCAAGUCCUGCACAGCUUAUCUGAAUGGCAGAGAUAAGAGUAGAGCUUAGAAAGCAAAAAGACAGUCGAGGAGGCUUGCCCUCUCAGGACACAAAUGGUACUUUGGUAUCAUAAUUGGGGUGAUUUUUAUUUUUAAGGACUUGAGAUUUGUACAGUGUCUACAUUGUACUUGAUUCUGAAAAUAUAUUAAUUCAGUUGUUCUUCUUGACCAAGGUAUUUUCAUUAUCUAUAUACACCUUUCUACCCUGUGAAAUGACAGACUAUCUACUAACCUGUCAUAUCAGAGUAGAGGAGAGACUGCUGCCUUCCUGUGCACAUUCAUGUUCUUUUGUUAAAGUUCGUUAAUAUUAGACAAAACUCACACCUAGCUUCCCUCCCCUUCGUUGUUAGUAAUUGCUAUGUUCUAGAGACUUUAGGAGCCCAUUUGCUAAUAGGAGGCACACAGCAAAUGCUGGUGAAUGAAAUCUCUGGUAGAAUCAGCACUACAUUGUGAAAGUUUUCUGUUGUGAGCCUUGUUCACUGACUUGGUUUCCUUUUCUCCAUUUAGUAUAUAUGUAUAAGAAUCCCAGCUGUGUGCCAUGUGCUGUUGUAGGGGCUAUAAGUUGGAUGGACAAGUCUUCCCCCAUGAUCUUAUGUUCUCUUGAGACUGGCAUUGGAUGGUGUCUUUUCAUAAGAUACAAGGUGUAGAGAAAGGUGUGUGCAGGGCACUGGGGUUGAGUAGGAAAGUAAACUGUGGAUUCAGCAGUACUACUAGAAGAUGAGAAAACAUGGGUUGGACUCCCAGCAAACUCCCAAAAAACAACAGACAGUGGCUCCUAAUUUGUAAUGUACCUAAGAUUUCUCUCUAGGUUCUAUCUGGAGAUUCUGUUCCAUUUGGUGUAGAGGAAAGCCUAAGAGUCUAGGUCUGAAUGAGCUUCCCAGGAAAUCCUACCUGGGCAGUACUGGGAUAUAAUACUUUGUUUCUUAUCUGUAAUUAUUGGCAGCAGUUUCAGUACCCAGAGAUUAAGUCUUAGUGUGGAAGUGGUAAGAUUUGUAGUUUCCAGGUAAUUGUAAGGAAGCCAGCUUCUUGGGAAUGAAGAAUCUUAGGCCAUUGUAUCAUAUUCUCUCCUUCUGAUCUCUCUCAAGUUGCUUUAAGAAAAUGAUUUCCAAAACUACAGAACUGAAGCUAAUACCAUAAAGUUAGAGGAAGGCCUUUUUAAAGGUGAGGAUGACAUUUUGGCAGUUUGUUGGAUAAAUAACUGAGGAUACUGAUAUGUCCUGUAACGCACUGGCAUCUUUGACAAGUAUACUGACGUGGUAUUGAAGUGUUAUUUCGAGCACAGAUAGAAAUGUGCCCCAAAUAGUUUGAGUUUACCAAGAGAAAAACUAUAGUAGUAAUGUAGUUUAAAACUUUAUUUAUUCUGUUUCUACAUAGUUUUAUUACAAUAACUUUCUGGUGAAAACAGUACAGCAAUUCUGAGGCACUUUCAAGCUGAUACAGAGGGGACAGCUUUUGCCUUAGCUGGCAGUGACUGCCAUGUCCCAGCAAGUUGGCUGGACUUGUACCUGACUUCCGAAAUAAGAUAGUGUAUCAGAACUGUACCCAGUGCUUGAGUUAUGAAUUUUAAGAGUCUGAUAAGUGUUGGGACCUAGUCUUUUUCUAAAACUCAAGAGGUUCAUCACUGCUUGGUACUUCUGCCCUGGGACUUUGCUUCUCAAAAUAAUGUAAUUUUUAUAGAAAAAAACUCAAUCAGUGGAUCUUUUUACUCAGUAUCCCCUCUCUUUCUUCCUCCCCUUUCUUUCUUUCAGUUUUUGAGGCAAGAAGCUUCCUUAAUAGUCUAGUUUCUACGGAGCUUUCUUACUUAUUUUUCUAAUAAUAGGUGUAACCGAAUGAUGACAUUUAACUGCUCUGUGAGCAGAAUUGUCUCAACCAACCUGAAGAAGUGUGCUGCCUAUUGGUGUUUCCUUUGGUCUCAGCUGUCUCUAACACGUUUGCUAGUGACUCUCACCCAUGAGUGAACUUCGCUCAUGUACAUAGUAUGUCCAUGUGGUCGGUCAUCAACAGUGUUGUGUUGUUGUCACAUAUUUAUAUGCACUUGAUCAAAAAUAGAAGCUGACAACUGUGUGAGCCAUCAUUUUGUAGAGUGAACGGCUGAACCACCUUCGUGUCGCUGGAGUUGCGCUGUGCGUCCGUUGCCUUUAACUCUCAUACCUUCUUUUGUACUCUCUACACCGACUAUCGCGGUGCCUUUUUCCUUUUGUAUAAUUGUAUUACAUAAAGAAAUUGCUGACUUGUGUGUAAAAAUGUUAAAAUUACACCAGUCCAAGGAGAUUUUAAUGGCAGUUCAAUUUUCCAGAGAAUAAAUUUUUGUGUGCAUUAAAAGUUACUUUUCUUCACAUUUAUGUAAAAAAAAAAAAGUGUUCCAGUUUUAGCACUCUCAUGGAAGGAUAAACAUCCCACUUCUCCUAUGAUAAUACAUAAAACUCAUCCCAAAUUCUCACUCCCAUCCAAGUGUUAAUGUGACUGUUAGGCAGAAUGGGCUAAUGUCAGUUACAUACAUAAGUGGGUCUGUGUGUCCCCAAGAUCAGGUUUGAAAAGAAUCACAUAUGCUAUCAAAUACUGUUGCCAAAAUAUUUGGAUCAUAUUUUUUUCACUGUGAGUCAAAUCUGACCUCUAAAGAAAAGAAGACUCUAGGCAAACAUUUUAAAAUGAUUCCUUGAAAGUUGUUAUAAAUCAAGAAUGGAAUAAGUGCUUUAACGGGCUGGACUCCUCAGCUGGAAUGUGGCAUGGAUCCCAUUACCCAGCUUUGUCUUUCCUUGGCUGUGAGCCUGUCAUUGGAUUCCUGUUAACAAGUCCUUUUUCUAAAAGCAGCAGUAUAAAGUAUAUUGUCUACCACAGACCUUGUGUUUAGGUUCUUUACAUGCUACAUUACCGAGUCUGUUUUGUUUCCAGGAGGAUAACAACCGGCUUAACAAACACACAAGCAUUUGGUGCUUCAGUCUGACAGAAAUUCAAGUUGCUCCAUCACCUCAUUUCUGUUUGAUUGUCUUUGAAUCCUGAGUUCCAUCAAUUGACCAGCCUUUCCUUUUUUUUUUCUUUUCCUUUUUUUUUUUUUUUAAGAUUUAUUAAUUAUGUAUACAGCAUGUAAGACUACAGGCCAGAAGAGGGCACCAGAUCUCAUUACAGAUGGUUGUGAGCCACCAUGUGGUUGCUGGGAAUUGAACUCAGGACCUCUGGAAGAGCAGUCAGUGCUCUUAACCUCUGAGCCAUCUCUCCGGCCCCAGCCUUUCUUUUUUCUUUGACAUUUUGAGAUAGUGGAGCACCAAUACCUACUAGGUCUGGUUUCUUUCUUUUUUUUUUUUUUUUUUUUUUGUAAGGAAUCAUCUCUGUUAAACACAAUGGAAAAUCAUUUCUGCACAAAACAAAUGUAUUCAUAACAUGCUCUUCAGCCACAGCAAAGUACUUUGUAUCUUUUCCUAGUAUCCACUGAUUAAUUCUCCCACCCCAAAGAUUUGCUUAUCAAUGUUCUAAAAAAAAAAAAGUUUCUGAAUUCUAACAAUGCCUCAAUUAGGGAUGAUUUAUUAGUUAUUUGGUACUUGAAAAAAUAUGCGUAUGGGUCAUGACUUCUUGUUUUCAGAGAAUUACAAUUGAUAAAAGGUGAAAUUCCAGCAGAAAAUUGGCACUUCUGCGAUCUUGCUAGAAAGUCGGUAAGUUAUCAUUUUCUGCUAUUAAAAGAUACAUUUAUCAUCAUAAUAUGUUAUUCUAAAGGUUACAUUUUAAUUGCAAGUUGCUUGUAACUUCUUUGACCUCCAGCAUGCCACACAAUAUUUAAAUCAACUCUUCAUUCCCAAGAUUAUCCAAAUAUUCCAUAAUGUUUCUUAUUUGAAAAUAAAGUCAUUGCUAACUUUAAAUUAUGA